UGGCGCCUCUCCUACAGCGCCCACCUAGCCCGGUGGCCCCAACCCCCUGCGGGAGCUACACACGCUCCGGAAGCCAGGGACAGAGAUUGGGUCCCUCUCCUUCCUGGCGAUGGUGACAGCACCUGUUCGGAUCUGUUGUGUGCUGCCGUCCGGAGCGCCCAGCCCGGUGCAGAAGGAGCCCGCCCAGCGCUGGGGACUCCGACGCGGAGCCCCUUCCCCUACCGCACGUACGCCCAGCCCCGCCCCACGCACGCCCUCGCCUGGCGCAGCUGCACUCCUGUCCUCCCGCAGGUCCGAGGGCGCCGGAAACGCGGCGGCUGCGAAGCAGAGAGGAGCCCCCAGCGUCUCCGCCCGUAGGGCUCCGGGUCUGGGGUCUGCUCUGGAGCCGCGCGGGCAGAGGCCGUCGCUGCGCCCGCCGCGCCCUCUCCCGACCGUCCGGGUCCGCGGCCAGCCCGGCCACUAGACAUGGGCUCUCGCCCGCUGUCGCGGCCGCGGCUGCGGCUGCGGCUGCUGCUGCUGCUGUCUCUGCUGCCAGUGGCCAGGGCCUCAGAGGCCGAGCACCGUCUAUUUGAGCGGCUGUUUGAAGAUUACAAUGAGAUCAUCCGGCCUGUGGCCAACGUGUCCGACCCAGUCAUCAUCCAUUUCGAGGUGUCCAUGUCUCAGCUGGUGAAGGUGGAUGAAGUAAACCAGAUCAUGGAGACCAACCUGUGGCUCAAGCAAAUCUGGAAUGACUACAAGCUGAAGUGGAACCCCUCUGACUAUGGUGGGACAGAGUUCAUGCGUGUCCCUGCACAGAAGAUCUGGAAGCCAGACAUUGUGCUGUAUAACAAUGCUGUUGGGGAUUUCCAGGUGGAUGACAAGACCAAAGCCUUACUCAAGUACACUGGGGAGGUGACUUGGAUACCUCCUGCCAUCUUUAAGAGCUCUUGCAAAAUUGAUGUUACCUACUUCCCGUUUGAUUACCAAAACUGCACCAUGAAGUUCGGUUCCUGGUCCUACGACAAGGCAAAAAUCGAUCUGGUCCUGAUCGGCUCCUCCAUGAACCUCAAGGACUACUGGGAGAGCGGUGAGUGGGCCAUCAUCAAAGCCCCAGGCUACAAACAUGACAUCAAGUACAACUGCUGCGAGGAGAUCUACCCCGACAUCACAUACUCGCUGUACAUCCGGCGCCUGCCCUUAUUCUACACCAUCAACCUCAUCAUCCCCUGCCUGCUCAUCUCCUUCCUCACUGUGCUCGUCUUCUACCUGCCCUCUGACUGCGGUGAGAAGGUGACCCUGUGCAUUUCCGUCCUCCUUUCCCUGACAGUGUUUCUCCUGGUGAUCACUGAGACCAUCCCUUCCACCUCGCUAGUCAUCCCCCUGAUUGGAGAGUACCUCCUGUUCACCAUGAUUUUCGUAACCCUGUCCAUCGUCAUCACUGUCUUCGUGCUCAACGUGCACUACAGAACCCCAACUACACACACAAUGCCCUCAUGGGUGAAGACCGUAUUCUUGAACCUGCUCCCCAGGGUCAUGUUCAUGACCAGGCCAACAAGCAAUGAGGGCAGCGCUCAGAAGCCGAGGCCCCUCUCUGGUGCCGAGCUCUCAAAUCUGAAUUGCUUCAGCCAUGCAGAGUCCAAAGGCUGCAAGGAGGGCUACCCCUGCCAGGACAGGAUGUGUGGUUACUGCCACCACCGCAGGAUAAAAAUCUCCAAUUUCAGUGCUAACCUCACGAGAAGCUCUAGUUCUGAAUCUGUUGAUGCUGUGCUGUCCCUCUCUGCUUUGUCACCAGAAAUCAAAGAAGCCAUCCAAAGUGUCAAGUAUAUUGCUGAAAAUAUGAAAGCACAAAAUGAAGCCAAAGAGAUUCAAGAUGAUUGGAAGUAUGUUGCCAUGGUGAUUGAUCGUAUUUUUCUGUGGGUUUUCACCCUGGUGUGUAUUCUAGGGACGGCAGGAUUGUUUCUGCAACCCCUGAUGGCCAGGGAAGAUGCAUAGGCACUAAGCUGUGUGCCUGCCUGGGAGACUUCCGUGUGUCAGGGCAGGAGGAGGCUGCUUCUUAGUAGGAACGUACUUUCUGUUAUCAAGCUACCAGCUUUGUGUUUGGCAUUUCGAGGUUUACUUAUUUUCCAGUUAUCUUGGUUUUUGUCAAAAAAAGAAUCAUGCGAAAAAAAGUAGAAUAUUUAUUAUGGAUAAAUGAACAUUUAACUAGCCUUUUUGGCAUGGUAAAGAGAUGUCAAAAUGUGAUUCUUCUAUGUGAUAAGUAGUGUGCUGUGCUAUGGAAUAUACGUGUAAAAAUGUUUCCUUUUAAGACAAAACUGGAUAGAAAAAUGCUGUUGAGAAAUAUGAAAAGUCAUUCAGUUCAGUAUCACUGCAGAUCUCCCAGUGGUUUUUCUUAUUUAGCCCAUAAUCUCUUUGCAGGUUUAUACUAAUUCAGCAAUCUCCUACUGUUACCCAUUUUCUUACCAUGCAUUUCUCAUUCUUUAUUGGGUCUAAAGGGCUGUGCCUCCAUUUCAGAGAGCUUCAACUAAUUCUCUUGCAUAAUUCUAAAUUAUACCAUGAGAAAUCAUACCUAGUUAUUCAUUGUUAAUAAACUGCCCUAGUACACCAUAAACUGGGUGGAUUAUAAACAACAGAAAUUUAUUUCUCAGUUUUGAAGGAGGUCCAAGGUCAAGGCACCAGCAAAUCUGGUGUCUGGUGAGGGUCCUCUUCUUCAAACGGUGCCUUCUAGCUGUUUCCUCACAUGACUGAAGGGACUAGCUACCUCUGUGGGGUCUAUUUUAUAAGGGCACUAACCCCAUUCAUGAGAGCAGAGCCCCCAUGGCCUAAUCACCUCUCCAAGGCCCCCUCCUUCUAAGACAAUCACACUGGGAUUAGGUUUCAACAUAUGAAUUUGGGGAGGACACAUUCCGACCAUAGCAUGAACCUUUAGAACAGGGUUUCUCAGCCUUAGCACUAUGGACAUUUUGGGCUGGAUAAGUAUGUGUUGGGACAGAGUGGGGGUAUCCUAUGCAUUGUAGGAUCUUUAGCAGUACCCUGGGCUCAACUCACUAGAUACCAAUGACAUACCCUGCUUCUUCACCAGUUACAAUAACCAAGAAUGUCUCCAUUGUUAAAUGUCCCCUUAGGAGCAAAACUGCCCCUGGUUGAGAAACAUUGCUUUAGACAAAUUGUUAAGAAAGAGUAUCAUGUACUACACUUCUGAAUCUUAACAUGAUCAUCAUCACUGACGGAUGAUUCAGAGACUGUUUGAAUCUUGUCUCACUAGCUGUUUUUCCUAUGCAAAAAUAAAAUGGACAGAAUUGCA